UCGCUGUUUUUCUUCCGGCGGGCGCUCGCAGCUCCUAGUUGACCCGGAAAUGAACGACCUGCUGGGGUCGGUCGGUCGGGGUCACCAGGCUCCACCAUGGCGUGGAGGAACUGCUCCGUUCUGCUCAGACUGACCGGAGAAGAUGUUUUACGGUGCCCAGCGAGGGGAGGCAGCAGGUGGCCUCACAGCUUCCAGCAGCGAUGCGGCUUCAGGAAGGCCUCCAGGAAACCAGAAUCCAGGAAGGUGGAGGAGGAGCUGGGAUCCCCGCACACAGAGUCCCCCGAGGCCGCGGCCCCCCGCCGGACCUCGGCCCCCCACUGGGACCAACAGGAUCCGCACGGCUCGUCGCGGUCCUUCGGCCGGCUCCUGAAGCCGCUUGUCUUCACUGUGGGGUUUACAGGCUGCUCCUUCGGCUCGGCGGCCAUCUGGCAGUACGAGACGCUGAAGUCUCGAGUCCAGAGUUAUUUUGACGGGAUCCAAGCUGAUUGGCUGGAGAGGCUGCGGCCUCCGAAACAAGGAGACAUCAGGAAGCAGAUCAACCAGUGGUGGCACGGCUUGAGUGAGGGUCAGAGGACGGUCACAGGGAUCAUUGCUGCUAACGCCCUGGUGUUCUGCUGCUGGAGGGUCCCGUCCCUGCAGCGCUCCAUGAUCAGAUACUUCACGUCCAACCCGGCCUCCAGGACCCUCUGCUCCCCGCUGCUCCUGUCCAGCUUCAGCCACUUCUCUUUCCUCCACAUGGCCGCCAACAUGUACGUCCUCUGGAGCUUCUCCACCAGCGCCGUCUCCAUGCUGGGCAAAGAGCAGUUCAUGGCCGUCUACCUGUCUGCAGGUGUCAUUUCUUCGUUUGCCAGCUACGUUUGCAAGACGGCCACAGGGAGGUUCGGUCCGUCUCUGGGAGCCUCUGGAGCCAUCAUGACCAUCCUGGCUGCCGUCUGCACCAAGAUGCCAGAAGCCAAACUGUCCAUCAUCUUCCUCCCCAUGUUCACCUUCACGGCCGCCAACGCUCUGAAGGCCAUCGUUGCCGUGGAUAUGGCAGGUGUGGUGUUGGGGUGGAAAUUUUUCGACCACGCCGCUCACUUAGGAGGAGCCUUGUUUGGAGUCUGGUACAUCCUGUUUGGUCACGAGUUGAUCUGGAAGAACCGAGAUUCUCUUGUUAAACUUUGGCACAACCUGAGGACACGGGGAGGGCCGGGCGGCGGCGGCGACGGCGGCGGAGGAGGACGCUGACCCUCCGGGGCUGAUGGGAAAAUAAACAGUACAUGAGGACAUAUGGAAUGUACAGCCGCUUUGCUUCCCCAGCACGAGUCGACAGGAAGCAGGUGGGCGUCGUGAGGACAUCAGGUGAUGAUGUCACACAAACACCUGCAGCAGAAAUAAGGAUUGGUGUCCGUGUUCAUGGAGUCAGGCGACACGAGUGAUUCUGAUUUGUUCGUCUUUUCUGCUUUUCUUCCCUGCAGAGACGGACUGAAGAUAAUAAUUUUACUGUUGUGAUCGUUUUUCUGUUUGUUGCUCAGCGUCGCCAACGUGAAUCGGAAGCAGAUGUUGUUGUGACGUCUCAUUGGUCAGCAGUUCUUAGUUUAUGUUGUUUUGUCAGCUAAUCAUUUGAAUCAGUGAGAGUCCAGCGACGGAUUUACAUGAUAAAAACGCCGAUCAGGAGUCACUCUGGUUCAGAGUUUCACCAACAUGUUAUUGUCUUUCUUUCUCUUUAUUUAUGUUUGUUGGUUUUCCUCCAAAUAAAAUGAAAACGAUUUGAAUCGA